CCAAUGUCACCCACACUUCACCAUGAAAGCACUCAUGUACCAGUGACGGCAUUAGCCUCAUGCGGAGCGCUUUUGAUCGCCGCGGAAGGACCAUUUCUUCGAUUCUAUCACGCCAAGACUUUUCGAUUUAUUACGUCCAGACGCGUCUUCAAGGCUCAGGCUGUUCAUGGCAUAUCAGUCUAUGCCGAAGAGCUUGACAAUGUGACGAAACUCGUCGUUUGGGGCGGACGUCUCGUCCGGGCCCUCCGACUCAAUCCCCCCCGAUUCAACGCCCCGACUGACGAUCGUGGCCAAGAGCCCAUGUCUCUGUGCCUGUCAAAUGUUGUGAAAGCCCCCGACUGGAUACUUGACCUCGCGCCUCGGAUGAGUAGCCUGGACGACGAAAAUGUGUACAAUCUAGGCAUUUGUGCUGCUGUUACCGCUCACAAUGCACUUCUCGAGCUUACCAUACAGUAUCACAAUGGAUCAACACCUGCCUCAAGCUCCUUGAAUCUUAACGUCUCUGCGCUCACGGCAAGCUCACGUUCCAUUUUGUACUCUGCACAUCUUCUCUGGGAGUCAUCUAACUGCAUACUCGUUGCUGCUGGCACAGCGUUCGGCGAGAUCAUGUACUGGUCAUGGAGCAAGCCGGCCCAAGGUGAAGCAAUUUCUCGGAUUCAUCAAGUCUUCCUUGGUCAUGAAGGCUCGAUCUUCGACGUUCGCAUCUCGAAAGAGCUGCAACGCGGGUGUUGCGGCAACCUAAAGCGAGUCAUUGCUUCCUGCAGCGACGACCGUACAAUUCGUCUCUGGGACGUUUCUAAUGUGGACGUCAAUGCCACCAAUGGGCAGGUUGUAGACCAAGGUGCCGAGGCGCAGCGGACACGUCACACAGGCUUCAGUGUCGCGGCUACUGAAGCACAAUCCGACAGUUCGAACUGUCUUGCGAUUGGGUGGGGCCAUACCUCGCGAGUCUGGAAAGUGCGGUUCUUAGACUCGUCACCUUGCGAUGGAGCAUUAGCUCUUCUAUCGGCCGGUGAGGAUGCUACGUCGCGCGCAUGGAAGCUUGUGGCCAGCACAGGAAAAGGAGAUACCAUACCGUGUACACUACAACAGACCAACUGUGCCGCUUAUCACAAUGGUAAGAACAUAUGGUCUAUGACCACCUACCGUCAACCUGCUGGUCCAGUACGCGUCGCCUGCGGUGCUGCUGACAGCAAGCUUACCACUCAUCCACUGCUUGGUGUGAAUCAACGCGCACGAGGUCACGGCACCACGGUCGCCGAGUAUACUGUGCACGACCUACUUCAUAUGGCACAGCCCUCGGCGACAGUCAAUGAAGCCUAUCAAUCUGCGAAAGCUUCGAAGAAAGCUGAUUCGAUCAGAAGCUACUGCUUCAUCCUCAGCACGACAUUUCUGCUCGUCACGAAUUCCGGCAAGAUAUUAGUCGAAUCAUUCAACUCGGAUACUGGCUCAGGUCUGCAAAGUAGUCUCACGACAUCGACCUUGGUCGAUCUGUUGGAAGAUCUAUCAGGCUACUCAACAUGCACCAGCGUGCCUACCUACGGGGUAGCGUUUCUUGCAGGCACCAAGGGUAGUGUCUAUAUGUAUUCGGCACACGACUCGGCUCUGAAAACCAUCCUCACGGUCACCGGCAAAGUCGGCUCUCUGUUCGCCACAGACACAUUCUGUGCUGGAGGUCGAAAGCAACUCGUGCUUUUGGUCACCCUAGUCGGGCAGAAACAAGCUCAAUUGGUUUUCAUCGACAUAACCAUGGGCCUAUCACCUUUGAGCUCAAAGAUCGUUUCGGUACCUGUGUCGGACAUCUUGACAGGUUCGACUAUAACAAGCAUGUCCGUGAUAGAAACAGAUUUUGAGAACACAUUCCUUUUCCUAGGGUUCCGUCGCGGGUCUAUAGGAUUGUAUACCAUCUCGCAAAAUGCCACCAGUCCGGAAGCUAGUCUCUUCAGGAUCAUCGAGAAAGUACAUGGAGACGAGACCAUCACUGCAAUGAAGUUCAAGGCGUCGCCCGAAAGCGCGUCAGUGGGUCAUCUAUUUUCAGUCGGACGCGACGGGUGUCUCGCUGUGCAUCUCAUUGACCUAUCGAAGAACACCGUCAAGCUCGUCCACGAUCUGACCUUGCCGAUUGGACUGCACAUUGAAGGCUUGUAUUUUCAAGACAAUCAUCUGCUGGUGCAUGGGUUCUCGAGCAAGAAAUGGGUCUUGUACGACAUCACUUCUGAAGAGGAGGUCAUGGGCAUUGAAACUGGAGGUGCGCACCGCAGUUGGGCAUUCCAGUCAAGAUCGAACUCCUACAACGCACAAGGAGGAACAUUGGUGUGGACAAGGGCGUCUAGCCUGCACGUUUACAGUCAGGAAGGCUCGAAUCAUGGCGUCAUACGUCCCGGUGGUCACGGUCGUGAGAUCAAGGCAGUAGCAGUGUCUCCCCCAAAAGACUGCUCUGUCUACUGCGUAAGGCACCGAGGUCUGAUCGCCACCGGUGCUGAGGAUACAGAUAUCAAGAUCUUCCAGUACGCCAACGGCGAACUGGUGUGCCGUAGAACGCUCCGCAAGCACACCACGGGAAUCCAACACCUGCAAUGGUCUGACGACUGUGAAUAUCUCUUUAGCAGCGCCGGAUCAGAGGAAUUCUACGUAUGGCGAAUUCGAACUCUAGAUACUGUCGUUGACAUCGGAGUGAUCUGCGAAUUUGUUUACACGCCGGAAAGCGAAUUUUCGGAUUUGCGAAUCAUGUCCUUUGACGUCAGUCGAUGCGGCAGCGCUUAUACAAUUGCGAUGGUGUUUUCAGAUUCAAGCAUAAAGACAUAUCGCUACGAUCCGACAGUCGCAACUAAAUGGCAGCCUCUAGCUAAGGGCACCUACUUCACUUCCUGCCUGACGCAAUGCACUUUCCUUUCGCCAACCAGCCUGCUGACAGCUGGCACAGACGGCCACGCAGUCCUCUGGUCUUUGUCUAGCGAGCCUGUACAGCCGUCGACCUCCGCUCUCAAGUGGCACCAUCCCGCACGAAUCCACCAGAACGCGUCGAAGGCUAUGUCAUCUCAUGUCAAUGGCGACGGCACAACACUCAUUGUUUCUGGCGGCGAUGAUGGUGCCCUUGCAUUCCUGCUCGCUUGUCCUGCCGCAUCGGAUCUAUCAACAGCAGCACAGGGAGCCUACGCGUCGCCGCCGGUACUUGUAAACCGCGCGCACGGCUCUGCGAUUACAGCGUGCACAGUAGUCAACCUUCGAUUCCACAUAUUCGUUCUCACAUCAGGCAAUGAUGAGUGGGUUCGCCUAUGGGAGGUUGUCAUCAAUGACACAGAUGCCAGUGACACAAGCAAGACUAGAUCCGAUAAAUUGACAAUCAAGCGACUGUCAAAGGUCAAAACUAGCGUUGCUGAUGUCUCAAGCAUGGCGGUGGUGGAUAACGAUGGCGAUGCAAUAGCGAGGGUGCUGGUGUGUGGUGUCGGGAUGGAAGUCAUCCGGUUAGACCUAUCGCCGGGUGGGGAGAACAUGAGAUCAUGAGAGAAGCCAACAUGCUUGUUUGAAUUGUUUAUACCCCGAACGUAGAACCCUGGUAUUCUGAGUCUACGGAGGAGCUCGUUCUUCUGAGCAUUAGACAAUUAGAUAAGUGG